AUGGCUAGCCGUCUGACGUCCCUCCUGUGCAAUGUGGUGAAGUUACCGUGCGACCCUGACUGUUUAUCCACUGGGAGAUGCCAACAUGGAGGCAUCAAUAUGUGUGACCUCGCAGCGAUCGGAAUGAACAAGAGAAAGUCUUUAGACGAAUCUUUGACCACAAGUAGCUCUAACGACAGAUACAACUACCAAUACAGCCCCGAUCUGACCAAAUAUGAUUUGGAUGGGUGCAUUAAGAAGGAAGGUUUUAUGCACAGACUCGGCACAUGCAAUUGUGACGCGAGGAAUGUGUGUCCUGAAUUGGCACGAGACACAGGAGACUAUCAUCGUAACGGGGAGGAAGGGGUCUCAAGCUCUGUUAUCGACCUAGAUGACGAAGUUCUCAUUGGCAACUUCCCCUUUGGUUGUUUGAGAGAAGUUGCACAGGGAUCCCUGAACAACUUGGAAAAUGGAAACUCCCGCGCCAUUCUCACGGAGAGAAACUUAGGCAUCAUUCAGAAGGACACAGACCUAAUGGGGCAGAACGUAAGAACAGGGAGGAAACAAUCCAGUCACCUGUACAGCGAAAUAGUCAAGCCAGAUGCGGAUGGAAGUGAGCACUCGGUGAACGAGGGGGAGGAAAAACAGGCGAACAAGAGAGACCAGACGGUAGAGAAAGAAGAAGCUCGUGAGGGGGAACAACACAACGCUGGGGAGGGAGACGUAGGACAUGUAAUCUUUCCCCAAAUUCUUGACACCACAAACGAGGCGCAAGACGCGAUAGGCGAGAUGGACAAGAUGGACCGCGCCGAAAAAUCGACCUCUUAUACAAAAAAAAAAAAGACUAAGAAGAACCCCAAGAGAAAAAAGGAAAGUGAGGAGCACCGGGGCAAAAAUUUGCGCUCCAUGUUCUCGUUCUUCGCCAGGCAGGAGGCCGCCGUGUCCAACUCGUCUCGUUCCUGCAGGGGGAAGGUCUCCGACGCAUCCUCGGAGUUCCUGUCCGUGAUUAGCAGCGCCAAGUCGAACGCGUGA